GCCACCGAGCGUGACGGACGUGUGCUUCAUGGGCUCCCAAGGAGCGGCUUUAGCGGCCCAGCCGGGUCGCGGUAUCAGGAGCACUGAAAUGCCUGCCCAGGAUUAUGAAAUGGUUGUUCCGCAUCUGCCAUCAGGUUCGAGUGUUUUGAACACAGUAUUUUUGCAUGGUGAUGUCACCGCCAGGCCAUAUCGCGUCGAGCAUUUUCGCGACACCCUAGCGCGUCUGUCAUUGCUGCCGGAUGUGGUUGCCCUUGGGGCAUAUCAGAUGAACCACCUGUGGGCCGUUACUUUCAACAGCGAAGGAGCGAAGGCAAAGAUUCUGCAGGCCGAAGCUUUCAAUGUGAAAGACCACCGCUGCGUGGUUAUUGACCCGACCAACCGAGGUGUCAGGCUGAAGCUGUUUUGGCUGCUCCACGGUGUGCAAGACGACGACGUGCGAGUGGCAUUAGCAGCGUUCGGAAAAGUGACUGAAAUAACCCGCGAUAAAUGGAGGGUUAAAGGCUGCGUUGACAAGGCUUCAACAACACGGUCGGUUACACUGAAACUGAAGGUGGGUGUUACCAUCGAGGACUUGCCCCAUCAGUUGCGUGUUGGUGAGGACGUUGCUCUCGUCCAUGUUCCUGGCAGGGCUCCGCUCUGCCUUCGGUGCCGUGGAAAAGGACAUAUACGCCGUGAGUGUCGGGUGCCACGCUGCGGGCUAUGCCGUCGUUUCGGCCACGAUGAGAGCCAGUGCGUGCGUAGCUACGCUAAUGUUACGGGCCAGGCACGAAAUGAUGAAAUGGCCGAACACAUCAUGGAUGAAGCAGACGCGGUUGAAGCAACCCACGGAAGUGAGGGAGAUGAUGCCAUCAAGGAGUCAACAUUCAAGGAAACCGCACCCGCACCCCUUGCAGAUACCAGCCAAGUCGGUAAGGACCAAACCCAGCCGGCCGUCGCAUCAAAGCCAGCGUUCCUUCCGGAAAAAGCGGAUAGCGUGACAGCUGGCGACAACCAGGAAGACGCCGAUACCGAGAUGCCCGCCGCGUCAAGUGUAGCAGUGAAGCGGGCUCACGAGGAUUCGGAUAUUCAGGAACCGAGAUUGGUCGGUGAACGCGGCGAGGAGCCUCCGCCGAAGGCACCUUCAACGCGCCGCGGACCGUUCAAGCCCAAACCGAAAUUGCCACCGGAACGCAGCACUGCGUCUGCUCUCCCUCCGCCUUAG